UGAUAUGGCGGUGGCAGUCGGAGAGACCACCGCAAAAUGGCUGGAUGAAUCUUCGGAUAGUGAACCAGAGCAGGAACAUGGAUCUCCGCAGAAAUUGAUACGCAAAGUUUCCACAUCGGGUCAGAUACGAAGCAAGACAAUCCUGAAGGAGGGCAAAUUGAUAAAGCAGACCAACUCGUUCCAGCGCUGGAAGAGACGCUACUUCAAACUGCGUGGGAAGACUCUUUACUAUGCCCAGACUGCCAAGUCAAUCAUCUUUGAUGAGGUUGACCUGACAGACGCAAGCGUGGCCGAAUCCAGCAUUAAGAACGUCAACAACAGUUUCACAAUCAUCACUCCGUGUCGUCGGCUGAUUCUGUGUGCGGACAACAGGAAAGAGAUGGAGGACUGGAUGUCAGCCCUGAAGAGCGUUCAGAACAGAGAACACUUUGAGUCCACCCAGUAUAGCAUGGACCACUUCUCUGGGAUGCAUAACUGGUAUGCCUGCUCCCACGCCCGCCCCACCUACUGCAACGUUUGCCGCGAGGCCCUCUCCGGAGUCACCUCGCACGGACUGUCCUGUGAAGUGUGUAAAUUCAAGGCCCACAAACGCUGUGCUGUCCGAGCCACCAACAACUGCAAGUGGACUACUCUGGCAUCCAUUGGGAAGGACAUCAUCGAAGAUGAGGAUGGGAUCUCUUUGCCUCACCAGUGGCUGGAGGGCAACCUGCCGGUCAGUGCUAAGUGUACAGUGUGUGACAAGACGUGUGGCAGUGUGCUCCGACUGCAGGAUUGGCGCUGCCUCUGGUGCAAGGCCAUGGUGCACAUGGUGUGUAAGGAGCAGCUAUCCACUAAGUGUCCUUUGGGGCAGUGUAAGGUGUCGGUCAUCCCCCCCACAGCCCUCAACAGCAUCGACUCAGACGGGUUCUGGAAGGCCACCUGCCCGCCCUCCUGCACCAGCCCUCUCCUGGUGUUCGUCAACAGUAAAAGCGGAGACAACCAGGGCAUCAAGUUCCUGCGGCGCUUUAAACAGCUGCUCAACCCCGCCCAAGUCUUUGACCUCAUGAACGGGGGGCCGCACCUCGGUUUGCGGCUCUUUCAGAAGUUCGACACGUUCCGGAUCCUAGUGUGUGGGGGUGACGGCAGCGUGGGCUGGGUCCUCUCUGAGAUCGACACUCUGACGCUCCACAAACAGUGCCAGCUGGGUGUUCUGCCCCUGGGGACAGGAAAUGACCUCGCCCGUGUCCUGGGCUGGGGCUCGGCCUGCGACGACGACACACAGCUGCCUCAAAUACUGGAGAAGCUUGAGAGGGCCAGCACCAAGAUGCUUGACAGGUGGAGUAUUAUGGUGUACGAGACGAAGUUCCCGCGGCAACAUUCCAGCUCCAUGGUGACGGAGGAUUGCAGCGAUGACUCUGAGGUGCAACAUAUUCUGACCUACGAGGACUCUGUGGCGGCCCACCUGUCCAAGAUCCUGACUUCAGAUCAGCACUCAGUGGUCAUCUCCUCGGCUAAGGUACUGUGUGAAACAGUGAAGGACUUUGUGGCUCGAGUGGGGAAGGCCUAUGAGAAGAACAAGGAGAGCUCAGAGGAGUCAGAGGCUAUGGCCAAAAAGUGUGGGGUUCUGAAGGAGAAGCUGGACUCGCUGCUGAAGACACUCAACGAGGAGGCACAGGCAUCUACUAUGAUGCCUGCCCCUCCUCCCACCAUCACUGAGGAGCAGGAAGAGGGCGAGGAGGUUCUUGUGCCAUCACCCGCCCGCCCCCCGUGCUCCCCCAGGCCCCUGACAGCCAUCUUUAAACCCAGGGAACAGCUGAUGCUGAGAGCCAACAGCCUGAAGAAAGCCAUCAGGCAGAUUAUCGAGCACACUGAGAAAGUGGUGGACGAGCAGAAUGCCCAGACUCAGGAGGUGUUUUCUCUGGGGGCAGAGGAGGAGGAGGAGGAGGAAGAGCAUGACAAGCUGUUUUUGCAGUCGUCCUACAGUGGGAACGCCUGUAACAGCACCAGGAGCCAUCCAGUCCGCAGAGUGUCCAAGACUCCUUGUGAAAAGCUCAUCAGCAAAGGAAGCCUGUCAAUGGGCAGCUCUGCGUCACUUCCUGCCCAGACAGGAAGUCGAGAGAACAUGCCGAUGCUCAACACCAAGAUCCUCUACCCAAGUCUCAGGGCUGGUAUCUCUGGCUCCCUCUCCAGCAGUUCGGUCAUCAGCAGACUGCUGGUCAACGCUGACUCCUUCAGCUUCGACCCAGAGACCUUUGACUGCUACACUGAGAAAUGUGUGAUGAACAACUACUUUGGGAUCGGCCUGGAUGCUAAGAUCUCACUGGACUUCAACAAUAAGCGGGACGAGCAUCCAGAGAAGUGCAGGAGUCGCACCAAGAACAUGAUGUGGUACGGGGUUCUGGGCACCAAGGAGCUGCUGCAUCGCACCUACAAGAACCUAGAGCAGAAGGUACUGCUGGAGUGCGACGGGAGGCCUAUCCCUCUCCCCAGUCUGCAGGGCAUAGCUGUCCUGAACAUCCCCAGCUACGCAGGCGGCACCAACUUCUGGGGCGGGACCAAAGAGGAUGAUACGUUCACGGCGCCGUCCUUUGACGAUAAGAUCCUGGAGGUGGUGGCGGUGUUUGGCAGCAUUCAAAUGGCUGUGUCCAGAGUCAUCAACCUGCAGCACCACCGUAUUGCACAGUGUCGUACAGUGAAGAUCACCAUCCUCGGGGAUGAGGGGGUGCCGGUGCAGGUGGACGGAGAGGCCUGGGUCCAGCCCCCUGGGUAUAUCAAGAUUAUCCACAAGAACCGCACCCAGACCCUCACCAGAGACCGAGCCUUUGAGAGCACGCUGAAGUCGUGGGAAGACAAGCAGAGGUGCGAGUUCCCCCGUCCCCUGCCCCAGUAUGCAUUGCAGCCGGAGAUCGUAUCCGAGGAAGAAGCCUCCCAGAUCAACCUGUUUGGCCAGGCGGCCGGCGCCCUCAUCCACAGUAUCCGAGAGAUCGCCCAGUCCCACCCCAGUAUGGAGCAGGAGCUGGCCCAUGCCGUCAACGCAAGCUCAAAGGCCAUGGACGUGGUCUACGCCAACUCCAAGAGCACAGGGGGUCUGAACUGCAGUGUUGUGGUUCAGAUGGUCAGUAACGUCAAGGCCCUUCACAGUGAGACAGAGCUGCUACUGGCAGGCAAGAUGUGCCUGCAGUUGGACCCUCCUCAGAAGGAGCAGUUGACUGGAGCCCUGGGCACUGUGGCCCAGCAGCUACUCAGACUGCCAGACAUACCCUGGCUGGGUCAGCUCAUCGAACCUGGGGAUGAUGAGGGACACCUGACAGAUUUCUCCAAGCGUAGCCGCAGUGCCAAGUUCCGUCUCGUCCCCAAGUUCAAGAAGGACAAAAACAACAAGAACAAGGAGGCCUGUGCCACUCUCACACUGCCAGGACUUGGGGGUGACGAAGGUUGGCCACAUGAAGCGUAUCCUCCAGGGUAUCAGAGAGUUGAGUCGCAGCAGCAGCACUGCCAGCGAAGCCUAGGCUCUCUCCUGUACGCCUGUGUGUGCUGCACCGGACUCUCUACCCAAACUGACUGUACCCAGCCAUGCUGUACCCACACCUCCCAAGCCUGACCAAGCCUUGAACAGCUUGAACCCAAGGGGACCAACAACUCACCUUAACCUCUAUACACUCAAAUAUGGAUUUGAGUUUAGUCAACCAAUCAGAUUUAACACAGUGCCUUUCUUCACACACCAGCUCUGCAGCAUUCAUGUCCAGUAGCAACCAACUGAACUGCAAACGGGGGAGGCCAAACCACUAUCACCACAGGGGAGGGGUGUUCAAUGACGUCAGUUGAGAGGGGAAAGUCAGGAGAGAUUGCAGGGAAUCCAGUCGGGCUGACAACCAGGAACAAAGCCUGCCAAUAGAAAAACUCAACUACCCAGGAUGCCUUAGCAACAAACCAGCACCAAACUCCACCAAUUAACGUUUGACCAAUUAAACUUUUUAAAACGUUGAUACAUUUCAGAAGCUCGUUAGCCAAGUCACAGAAGAUGUAGAAACUAGCAAGGCUGCAUCUCGAAUGACACCCUAUUCCUCAUAUAGUGCACUAUUUUUGACCAGAGCUUCAUAGGCCUCUGGUCAAGAGGUAAUGUAGUGCAUGGGGGAUAAUAGGAGGUGUCUUUUGAGAUGCCCAACGUAUGAGUGGUCAGAGUGAUAGACUAUAGUUUCCAUAGUUUCCACUGACUGGAUCAUGGAAAAGACUGAUGGAACAGACUGAGUUUUUGUAUUGAAAUAUGCAUCUAUUUAUUUCUUAUAUGCGUUGUACUGAAUAUGUUGUCCCAGAGUUCGAAUGUGUUUGAACCAGGAUGUUUCUGAAAAUGACAUGGGAUGCCAGGUAAUAUGAAAGACUGGAAGAGGUCUGAACUACAAGCAUAAGCAGUGACAAUCAACCAAUCACUCCAAUGAAUCGAACCAACAACCUCCAGCCUUUUCCCAGGUGCAUGUGUAAUUUCUCUUUCUCUGUAUGGCUCUCCUCAUCCCUGUCCUUUUUAUACAGAUAACAAUUACAAUUUCAACUACCUAGGUUGAAUGCGGGGCUGGUAAACUAGACGAAAGCGACGACCCUGCUUUGUCACCAGACGUCCUAUGUUAGAGCGCGAAGGGCUCCCGAUGGUCGUGUUCAGUAGGGCUCACCAUAGCGAAUUGUUUUGCAAGGCAAAACAAAGGUCUUUGUUCUUAUCGGAGAUUCAGGUAGUCUCCCGUUUCAAAAUGUUUCCCACCUACUGAACAACACUUAUGUAUUGUAGGGAAAAGCCCAACUCAACCAUGCCUUAAAUAAUCUACAAACUGUCACAUAUCAGGCAGGUCUCGGGGUGUGUGGAGCACGUCUCGGCACUCUUUGGUGUCAAGUAGAUUUACAGUAGAUCUGUCACAUUUUUCAAACAAUGAACACUGCCUUAAGAUUAUUCUCCUCGGUGAAUGUAGUUUCCCGGACCCAGAUUAAGCCUCCUUCUGGAUUAGAAAAGCACACUUAAUGGAGAAUCUACCUCGAAAGUACUUUUUAGUUCAGGAGGAAACUCAAUCUGGGUCCAAGAAACCUGCCGGUAAUGUUUAGGGCCUCUAGUUUUUCCUGACCAUGUUAUAUCCUGAAACUCAACUCAACCGCUAGCCCCUACCCCCGUGGGCACUUGUGUAGAUCUGAGAUGAUUGGAUAGGUCAAUAAGCAAUAUGGUGAUAGCUCAGUUUUGCCCUCUGACGGGCCAGGUGGAAUUGUCGCCAAUUGCUUAUACCUAUCCUCUUAAGUCUGCACAAGUGAAUAGGAGGUAGGGACUAAGGGUUUAUUUGGGAUUCGGGGAAUACCUAGGGUAUAAUAAGUAGGACCCAGUGUUCUUCCUGGUCAAGUCCCUGGGUCAGGAGAAACUCUUUGGCCUAGUCAUGUUCUCUCCCGCUCAGUCCCGUGUGGAUAUCCGAGUUGUGUUUUAUGUUCUAUGUCUGGCUGUGCAGUGAUGCAAUCGUUCUAAUUAUGGUCAUAUUAUGGUCUGUAUGGUCAUAUCAUUUCCCUCCUCUAAACCUUUGGGGUUGUCCCUUUUUUCUUUGCUUGUCCUGAAUCGAGAACCCCUGGGAAGCGGUCUCUUCCGUUCCAGUAUUUAUUGAUAAUUUAUACGUUAGAAAUAAUACUGUAUGCUAUACCUCUCUUUUCCAUGUACAUAAGCCCGACUCCCUGGGCUGUAAAUAUGUAUGUCCUGUACAGUGAAAUACCACCAUCCUGUAAUAAAAAUUGUCUUAUGUGUGA